AUGUGGGGGCAGCUCAAUAUCACUCACAUAGUUGUCGUUGCCUGUCUUGUAGCGGGGGGUGUCGUGGACCUUUUGACCAACGGGACGACCACGUCAGAAGACCUCGCCAAGACUUACCUCGCCCGGAUUGCUAAAAUCAACCCGUCGACUCGCUCGUUCUUGGAAGUCAGUCCCUUCGCUCUAGAAGAUGCACGCAAGCGGGACAACGAAAGGCGAGGGACGGGGGUGAGGUCAAAGAUGCAUGGGGUUCCGAUUUUGGUCAAGGAGCCGGUUAGUAUUGAUGGGUUGAACAGCUCUGCAGGGUCGUACUGCCUGCUUGGCUCUCGGACACGAAAUGAGGCUUCUGUCGUUGCUCGUUUGCGAGCUGCUGGUGCUACUUACCUGAAUGGGGCAGCUCACGUUCGUUCGGCCAGACGGCCUCUAACGGCUGGAGUGCUGUCGGGGGGGCAGACUUGCGGUGUUUACUAUCGCGAACAGGAUCCUUGCGGAAGUAGUAGUGGGAGUGGUGUUGCUGUUGCGCUUGGGUUGGCGGCUGGGGCGGUGGAGGUUGAGACAAUGGGGAGCAUCACCUGCCCGGCUAUGCGGGACAAUCUUGUGAGCAUCAAGACGACUUCGGGGCUUGUUCCUCGGGACAAUGUGAUUGUCACAAGAUUCCGCGGCCCUGUCGGCCCCAUGACCCGGACUGUUCGGGAUGCUGCGAUUAUGCUUAAUUUCGUGGCUGGACCGACUUCAGAAGACCCCGACACUUUACGGAUUCCGUUUUCGAUUUCGCUGAAGCUUGGUGGGUUGGUCAACAGCCGUCUUGCUGUUCCGCGCAACAAUGGGGAUGACCCGUCCGUGGCGAAGAUGGAUCUCGUUCCGGUGAUGGAGCAGUUUGAUGGGGAUUUGAAUGUUGUGAGAGGACUUGGGGCGAGGAUUAUUGAUGAUGCGAAUUACUCCUCUUAUGAGGAAAUCAACGCUGCUGAUGCGCCACAGGGCCGGGUCGGGCCGGCGGAGUAUCGGUUUGAUAUCGAGAGGUGCUUUCGGAGUCUGGCGGUUCACCCGUAUGGUAUUCGGACUGUAGAGGAUCUCAUCAACUGCACCAAGACUCUCCCCAAAGAAGAAUACCCCGCUCGCGACGUUGCUUACUGGGAGCAGGUGGUCAAGUCUGCUGACUUCGGGUCGCCCGAGAUGACCAAAGAAAUCGAGAGAAUGAGAGACCUCGGCGGGACAAGGGGGAUUGAUGCUGUCAUUGACACCCACAAGGCCGACGCGAUUGUAUUCCCAUCAGUAUGCUCCUCGGAUGUUCCUAGCCUUGUUGGGUACCCGGUUGUUUGUGUGCCGCUGGGGUUUAUACCCGAGGGGACAGAGGCGGAGAGGAAUACAAAAAGGGGAUUUGGUGGAGCAAGCGCCUGGCAUACCCUGUUCACCGAGAAGUUGAUUGAGCUGGCGUAUGCUUUCGAGCAACAUACUCAGAUUGGGAGGCAAAGGAAGCCGGUGGUGCUGCCCGUUGCUGAUACUUGUGAUAUUUUGCAAGAGAGGAGGGUUGUGUGGAGGGUUUGGGGUAAACUACGGGAAUGGUUUGUGAUAUGA